AAAAGAUCAACAAAAUGAGACGAGGCAGGAGGAGGAGAUGCUCCUCUCCCCCGGCUCUCAGCCACUGGGUUUUGUGUCUAUCACUUUGGAUUACACACUCCAGCCUUUGAAAAUCCAUGUCCACACGCCGGUUUACACAGCUUGGAUGUUUGCUUUCCUCCUCUCCCCCAAAACCUGUCGCAGUCGGGAAUGUUUUAAACGCAAGAAACGCACGGAGGGAGGAGAAGGCUGUAAUCAGCAGCGAGGAGGAGCGGCGCGAGGACGGGACUUUCUCUGCUGCGGGCGUGAACCUGAGGAGACGGGGCCGCGGUCGCGUUCGUGGGCGGAGCUUGGCGUCACACAGCGAUGAUGCAGUGGAGGAGGAUGGAGGCCGUGGUGCUGCUGGUGCUGCUGGGACAGCUCGCCUCUGCUCUGGACGUCCCACUCGACCUGUCGCAGCCACCGACCAUAACUCACCAGUCCCCCAAGGAUUACAUCAUCGACCCACGAGAGAGCAUCGUAAUCCACUGUGAGGCCAAGGGGAACCCUCAUCCCAGCUUCUUGUGGACGCGGAACGGGACCCACUUUGACACCGACGAGGACCCCAAUGUGACCAUGAAGCCCCACUCCGGCACCCUGGUGGUGGACAUCAGCCGGGAGAAGGCCGAGCACUAUGAGGCCGUGUACCAGUGCACGGCCAGGAACAAGCACGGAACCGCCGUGUCCAACAACAUAGUGGUGCGACAGUCGCGGUCUCCUCUGUGGUCGAAGGAGAGAAUCAAGCCCAUCGUUGUCCAUGAGGGCAUGUCCUUGGUGCUGCCGUGUCGACCCCCUGCUGGGCUGCCGCCUCCCAUCAUCUUCUGGAUGGACAACAACUUCCAGAAGCUGCCUCAGAGCAGCAGGGUGUCGCAGUCGCUCAACGGAGACCUGUACUUCUCCAACGUGCUCGUGGAGGACUCCAGGAACGACUACAUCUGCUACGCCCGCUUCCCGCACACGCAGACCAUCCAGCAGAAGCAGCCCAUCACCGUCAAGGUCAUCAACCUGGAUGCACUCAAUGACACAAUGGCAGCUUUUUACAAUGACACUGAUUUAUUUAGUGACGACCCACUGGAGGAGAGGAAGCCAACCUUCCUCAUCCCAUCUGGCCCCUCCAGCUCCAAGAUGGUGCUGAGAGGACAAGUGCUGGAGCUGGAGUGCAUUGCUGAAGGGCUGCCCACGCCUGAAAUCUCAUGGUCCAAAAGGAGCAGCGUCCUCCCCGUCGAGCGCACGUCCUUCCCUCACUACCAGAAGACGCUGCGCAUAGUCAACGUGUCGCAGUCGGACGAAGGCGAGUACCGCUGCACCGCCAAGAACCGGCUGGGUUCCGCGCAGCACGCCAUCCACGUCACCGUCAGAGCCGCUCCAUAUUGGCUCGCCGGCCCUCCGCGGAACCUCGUCCUCGCUCCCAGGGAGAACGGCGUGCUGACCUGCAGGGCCGGCGGCACGCCCAAGCCCGCCAUCACCUGGACCGUGAACGGCGUCCCCAUAGAGAACGCGCCGAAAGAUGAGAGCAGAAAGGUGGAGGGCGACUCCAUCAUAUUCACGGAGGUGCAGACCGACUCCAGCGCCGUCUACCAAUGCAACGUGUCCAACGACUACGGUUACCUCCUGUCCAACGCCUUCGUCAAUGUUCUCUCGGAGUCUCCCAGAGUGCUGACACCGAGUAACAAAGUCUACCAGGUCAUCAAAAAUCACCAGGCUCUGAUGGACUGUGCUUCUUUUGGGUCGCCCGUGCCUAAAAUUACCUGGUUCAAAGAGAGUCGCUCCAGCACGCUGGAUGGAGACCCGUACGUGGUGCACGACAACGGGACCUUGGGGAUCCACGUGGCUCAAGUUCGGCACAGCGGCAAAUACACCUGCGUGGCCCAGAACUUCUUCGGCAACUACGAGAACCACGUGUACCUGGAGGUCAAAGAGCCCACCCGCAUCCUGAAGCAGCCGGAGUACAAGGUGGUGCAGAGGGGCCGCUCCGUGGUGUUUGAGUGCAGGGUGAAGCACGACCCGUCGCUCGUCCCCUCCACCACCUGGCUCAAAGACAAGGAGGAGCUUCCUGAGGACAAGAGGUUGACCGUGGAGUCCGACAGCCUCACCAUCGCCGACGUGACGGAGGACGACGCCGGCGUCUACACCUGCAUCGCUAACACCACUCUGGACCGCGACUCCGCCAGCGCCGAGCUCACCGUCGUCGAGGCCACGCCCACUCCAGCUGUCGCCUACGAGCAACCUGACGCCCCAACGGACCUCGAGCUCACGGACCUGAAAAAGAGGAGCGUCCAGCUGACGUGGACCCCCGGGGACGAGCACAGCAGCCCCAUUCAGAAGUUUCUGAUUCAGUAUCAAGACUCGCUGCACCAUCGAGGCCACUGGCACAAUCUCACCGAGGUCCCCGGAACCAAAACCACGGCUCACCUCAAACUGUCCCCCUACAUCCACUACACCUUCAGAGUGCUGGCUCUCAACGCCGUGGGCUUCAGCCGCCCCAGCGCCCCGUCCAGGAUGUACCGGACGGAGCCAGCAGCUCCAGAUGAGAACCCAACAGGUGUGCAUGGGUUUGGAACAGAGCCUGACAAUCUCGUAAUCUCAUGGAAGCCGCUGUCAGGCCUCCAGUCCAACGGGCCCGGGCUCCAUUACAGAGUCAUGUGGAGGCGGAAGAAGGUGGAGAGCGACUGGACCUCCGUGACCGUUUCCAACUACACCCAGUUCGUCGUGUCUGGAACGCCCACGUUUGUCCCGUACGAGCUCAAAGUUCAGGCCAUCAACGAUCACGGCGCCGGACCCGAGCCCGACGUCGCCCACGGCUACUCCGGAGAGGACCUGCCACUGACGGCUCCACAGAACGUCCGGUACGAGGUGCAGAACAGCACGCUGGCGGAGGUGCGCUGGGACCCGGUUCCUCCCAGGGAGAUGCGCGGAAUCCUCAAAGGCUACAAGGUUUACUACCGGAGGGAGCACGCGCUGCACAAACACAACCCGCACCACGUGGAGGAGCACGUCCUGACCUUCAGCGGGAACCGCAGCCACGGCCUGCUGCCCGGCCUGCGCCCCUUCAGCCGCUACGCCUUCAACGUCCGGGCCUUCAACGGCCGAGGCGAGGGCCCGGCCAGCAGCACGCACCGCUUCGAGACGCCCGAAGGAGUUCCCGGCGCUCCGUCUUUCCUGAUGGUGACCGACCCGAAUCCCGACUCCUUCACGCUGGAGUGGAGUCCUCCUCACGAGCGCAACGGACACGUCCUGGGCUACACGCUCAAGUAUCAGCCAGUUAAUAACUCCAAUGAGGUGGGCCCAGUGAUGGAGAUGGCUCUGGCCCCCAAUGAGACCUCACUCACUUUACUCAACCUCAAGUACAACACACGCUACAAGUUUUAUUUGAAUGCGCGAACAGGCAGUGGAGAAGGCCCUGCCAUUUCUCAGGAAGCUGUCAUCAUCAUGGACGAGGCGCGGCCCGUGAGUCCUUUUGGGAACCUUAGCUCCUCGGUGGGAGAGGAAGGAGCGCUGAUCAGUUGGGAGUACUGGGGCUCGGAGAAAAAUGUUUAUGUGGAAUACAUAGUAGAAAACAGUGACGGUGAAGACGAGUGGCAGAAAGAGUUUGUCAACGGCUCUCAGAACGUUGUGCUGAAGAAUUUAAAGGGGGGCCUCUCCUAUAGGGUGCGUGUGGUGGCGAGCGGCCACCGCGACCAGCCGCUCCACCACUCCGAGGAGCUGCUGGUCAAGUUCCCAGCUGUGGCGAGCAGGCAGGUGGACAUCGCCACUCAGGGGUGGUUCAUCGGCCUCAUGUGUGCCAUCGCUCUGCUCAUCCUGAUCCUCCUCAUCAUCUGCUUCAUCCAGAGGAACAAGGGAGGGAAGUACCCCGUCAAAGAGAAGGAGGACGCGCACACGGACCCAGAGUUUCAGCCCAUGAAAGAAGAUGACUGUACUUUUGGGGAAUACAGUGACAAUGAGGACCAUAAACCGUUAAAAGGGAGCCGCACGCCGUCUAAUGGGACAGUUAAGCGAGACGACAGUGAUGACAGUUUAGUUGACUACGGGGAAGGAGAAGACGGACAGUUCAACGAGGAUGGCUCAUUUAUCGGCCAGUAUAGCGGAAAGAGUGUCAGCAGGGACACUGGUGAGGGCCCUGAGAGGUCUGAGGCCCCCUCCCCCAUUAACGCCAUGAACUCACUAAACUCCUUUGUGUAGCCAGUGGGUCCUCAUAGACCCGUAUGAGGCGCUGCAUUGACUUCUCAGUGCUCACACUUCUAUUACAGGGCUGUCCCGACAGCGCACGGCUUUACGAGCUCACGUCCAUCCUCAGCGCGCACGUGAAAAACCGUCGACCAAUCAGAGACAUUUGUUUUCAGUGGGAAUCGUUAUGGAGGCGUGGGAAGCAGAGCUUGAGUUUAACAGCGCAUGAAUUACCUGAUAUUAUCUAAAUCCAUAUAUAACAAUAAUAUUGAUAUUAACAAGCGGUUGUUUCUGACUGUACCAGAAUCUCUGAUGGACUAUGCAGUGCUUGUCUGAACUAUUAGUUAUAUUAUAUACUAUGUUCAAAUAGUAAUCAGUGUCUACAGUAAAUUACAAUUACAUUGUGUAUUUUUCCAACCCAGAAGCUUGUACAGGAGUUUGUAUGUAAUGAAAUGCAUUUAGGUUCACCAUGCAUUUACACACAGAGCAGAUCAUAGUGUAAACUGUAAACUGAACUCUGGGAGCCGUGCAGACAGCAGCGUCGUCCUCAUCCGUCGAACGAUCCAGAAGCUGCACGACGAGCUACGUGACCCCGUGACCUCUGCCUUGCUCGCACGCACGCACGCACGCACGCUCCUCCUAUCAGCCUGAUCUGAGGAUCAGCGAGGAACAGAGCUCCAGUCAUUUCCUGCAGUGCUCCUUCAGCAGGUAGUGCCUUUUUCCCCCAAAACACACGUUCAACAAAUCCAUUCUCUUUCCUGUUGGAUGAUUGGAACAGACUGUAGGAGGAACAAAGUGAUCAGCAUGUGUGUAAAGGGUUGAGAUGAGGACGCCGUGGAGUGAAACACACUCCCAGUUUGAGGGAGAGCACUGGCUUUGAUUCCUCCAAGACGUUAAACGCAGCCACAUCGGAUUAGGAGCUUGUUCAAAGCAUUUAUUUUGCAUCGAGGUCUGCAGGUAACUUGUGCAGCACCUGAUUGUAUUUCUGCAGUGUUGCAGUGACAGAAUGUCUGGAGAUCUACGAGUUUCUGGGCGUGUGUGUGAGCGUGUGUAUGUGAAUACAGGACAUCAUUCACUUCUUCAAUCGUUCACUUGUACUAACUACACUUGAGGGCCUGUGGAUGGGAUCAAGUUUUCCUUUCUCUUAACUUGCAUCAAGUUUUAUUUUUUUUAAGACAUGUAGAAUAUGUGUUGAUUUUUGUACAUACCUUGCUGAUUGUACAGGGACACGAGCUUGUAAAGCAGCUGUGCAUGGUGCGGUUUCACUUGUUUAUAGCACUGUAUGAACAAUAGACUCCUGUAUUUAGAGAAUAUCUGCAGCAUAUAUAUUCAUUUUUUCUUGCUGUGCCCAGUCAAUAUUGUUUUACUAACUGAACAGAAAAGUACAAAAAAAAUCCUGAUUGUGUUUUACUUGCUUGUCGGGGAGUAACAUUUUUUGGUAUCUAGUAGUUUAAGGUUAACUGGUGCACAGAAUUACUCCACUCUGAUAUGUGUUGGUUGUGCGCUGCUCUGGCAAACUGCCAAAUGAUGCUCUUUUCUGACAGUAUUGCAUAUGGUUUUGUAUUUAUGAAUCAGAUUUGUACUAACAGAUACUCUCUUUGUCUCUAUUUAAGUUUCUUCUUUUAGUGCAAGUAUGAAAUUCAAGCUACUGGACAUAUAAUGGGUGAAUGAAUAAAUAAAUAUCUGCUUUAAUUCUUCA